GUUAGGGCUUGGGUCCAGAAAGCAAGGAACUCUUUGUUGUGCUUUCCCGCAGUGGCCGGAGCGUGCGCUUGUCGCCGGCAAGGAUGGAUCGCGUCCAGCUUCUCCUUCUUGGACUUCCCAUCUUCCUCUUCUGUUCCGAUCUCGUCAAUCUUUUCACCCCUCCUCCCCCUCCUCCCCCGAAGCACCAGUCUCUCAUCCACCACCACCAUCACCACAAGCCGCCCCCCUCCCUUCACCAAACGACCGAUUUCUUCGCUGCCCAGGGUAAUAAACCCCAAGAAUUGGGUUACGGCACCAUUGUGGAGUUGAAAUUUUGCGUCUCUUGCUCUUACAGGGGAAAUGCAAUGACAAUGAAGAAAAUGCUGGAAACUUCUUUUCCUGGGAUUGAAGUAAUUCUGUCAAAUUAUCCCCCAGCCCUUCCAAAACGUCUACUAAGCAAAGUGGUUCCUAUUGUUCAAGUAGGAACUAUUGCAGUUGUAGUGGCAGGUGAUCAGAUUUUCCCUAGGCUGGGAAUGACACCACCUCCAUGGUACUUCAAUUUGCGUGCCAAUAGGUUUGGAGCUAUUGCCACAACAUGGCUUCUAGGCAACUUCGCACAGUCUACUCUACAGAGCUCUGGUGCAUUUGAAGUUUACUGCAAUGGUGACUUGGUUUUCUCUAAACUGCAGGAGCACAGGUUCCCUGGUGAAGUUGAGUUGAGAGACCUGAUUGCCAGCAGGCUUGCCUAAUUCUGCAUUCAGGAAGAACGUUGGAAGUGUUUGGUCCUAGUGGACUGGGGAUUCACUUCACCAAAGUUGCACCAUCUGAUCAGUCCACUGUCCUAUGACCUUUAUCAGGAAAAAGCGUUAACUUCUACCACUCAGAAACUUUGUUAGUCUGCAUUCUUACUGUGUAUCUAUUGGCUAUCUGAAUGAUUUGAGUUGUAAAGAAGCUUUUUUUUUUUUAAAUAUUAAAAAAAAGAAUCUCUCAGUUGUGUGAACAAUCUGUUGGCAAAGUUCCAUGAUAUUUAGAAUAUUGAAGUAUUCACUAAUCAAA